AGUCGCUUGGUUCAAGCAAACUGUUGGACAGAAACCUCUUCUCAUGGCAUCAUCAUAUUAUCGCACUCAAAAUAUUUUUAUUUCAACAAUUUUACCAAGGACUUUAAUGAGACUAAACGUUUGAGUGUGAAGAGAGGAGUUGACAGCUGUAACCUGACCAUCUCCAAGACAGAGUCAGGGGACACAGCUACAUACUACUGUGGUGCCAUGGAAGUGGGCGAAGUCAAAUUUGGAGAAGGAACUGUUUUAUUUGUCAAAGGCAACUUAAGGUCCAACAGCAUGUCUGUUGUACAGCAGCCUGUGUCUGAGUCAGUCCAGCCAGGCGACUCUGUGAUUCUGAACUGUACAAUACACACUGAGACCUGUGCAGGAGAACACAGUGUCUAUUGGUUCAGACAUGGCUCAAGAGAAUCCCGUCCAGGAAUCAUUUACACCCAUGGAGACAGGAGUGAUCAGUGUGAGAAGAGCCCUGAUGCUGGGUCUCCUAUACAGAGCUGUGUCUACAACCUCCCCAAGAGGAACCUCAGCCUCUCUGAUGCUGGGACUUACUACUGUGCUGUGGCCUCAUGUGGGGAGAUACUGUUUGGGAAAGGGACCAAGCUGGACUAUGGUUGUAAGGAGGACCAUGUUCUCUUGGUGUACUGUCUGGGUGUAGCGUUGGCUCUUUGUGUCAUCCUAAUCAUUGUCCUUGGUUGUGUUUUGUAUAAGAUGACCAAGAAAACCUCUCUGCUGUGUAGAGGAACGCAUCCUCAGCCAAGUGGUCCGGUUGUCCCCAGUUCUCAUAACAGGUGUAUCCUGCAUCAGAUCUCUGUGCUUUUCUGA